AUGAAGACAUCCAGGUCAACACUGACAACGAUGAUGUUGGUCAUCCUUGGCUGCCUGCUGGGUUUGUUUCUGCAGGCUGAUGCUCAAGGUUCAACUGUAUGCCUUACAGAUCCUACUUACAGAACUCCAGCAAACACAGACAUUUCAGUAACAUGUGGCAGCCAGUUCAUGGACCUGAGCAUCUACAUAUGUCCUAUUUACAACGCUUUGUACAACGAGUCACUGAUGGUGCUGAACAACCAGUUGAAUAACCCUGCUUGUUAUGGGGUGGCCGACUUCGUUUCUACUCCACCAGUUUUAAGAUUCAGAUUCCCAAUAAAUGACACUCUGUCUUCAAACUGCGCCAACAAAUAUGUGAUAACCACGCAGACAGGAACCGGAGCAUUUUCAGAUUUCUCAAACGUUCAGUCUGUCAACAUCUCUGGCGUCGUUACGGCCAUUGACCCUUCUGCAGGUACGAUCACGUAUCGUUCACAGAUCCUCUACUACUUCUCCUGCUCCUACCCUAUGAACUACCUGCUCAACAACACCCAGCUCAGCGUAUCAGGCACGAACGUUGCCAUAAGAGACAACAAUGGUAGCUUCAUCAGCACCCUUAGUAUGAAGCUGUACAGCGAUAGCGCUUAUCUACAACCGCUAGUGAUUCCAUCAACAGGACUCAACAUCAAGACCAAGGUUUAUGUAGAAGUUAAAGCUACUAAUCUAACAAGCAAGUUCAACGUUCUGCUGGACAGAUGCUUUGCCACAGUAAGUCCAUUACCUGUUCAAAGCAACUACUACGACCUUUUUGUUGGUUGUACCCGUGACCCUCAGACAGUCAUCGAUAUUAACGGAGCUUCACAAUCAGCACGUUUCAACUUUGAGGCCUUCCGAUUUGUGGAACAAAGAAAUCUGACAAUUUCCACUUUCUACCUGCACUGUCUCACCAGACUCUGUGAGCCAGCCACAUGUAGCUCCUUUAAGCCCGUCUGCAAUAAAAGAAGAAAGAGAGAGGCAGACCCGGCCAAUUUACCCUCGACUACAAUCACCUCUAAUCCUGUUCAUGUCAAUGACAAAGUUGGUAAUACUAAAAGCUCAGCAGUUUCUCAAGGCAAUAACAAUCUGUAUCUGACACUGAUCUGGGGGAUUAUCUUAAAUGGACUGCUUUAUUGUAUCAACUGAGACCAUCUACAGCUGUCCGAUAGUCACCAUCAUUGUCUGCAUCUGUAUCCUCACCGUUUCCAUUGCUGCCCAGGCUGCUUCCUUUGUUUCCUACUCGAGACGAAGGAAACAACUUAUAGGUUAAAGUUACCUGAUUUGUAAUCUGGAGCUCUUUUCACAUCUCUAACUCUUCAUCAUCUACAAAGCAUGAACAACUUACUUUUAGAUAGUCCUCAAAUUUGGCAUGCAUGUAUACAUUUGUAUAAAUCACAAAGCUGAUUAACAAGGAGAUGAGGGCUCAGUAUAUGUACAUUGAAAUGUUUAUGGAAAUCACUUUUUAGUUGUAAUUGUUUUAUUCAGAUCAUACUGAAGUAUUUAUUGGGAGAUGACAUCAUUUAUAAUCAGAAAUGUGGUUCUUUGUAAUUGGUUUUGCUGAGAAUAGGUUUUAAAAAGUUUUAUUGAUACAUCUGAACAGACUGAUUUAGAUACCAUAUGUUGGUGUAAAAUAUUUAUAUAAAAUGGUUGUAGAAUGAAUGCAUGUAAAAUUAAUAUUUCUGCUGUAUUCUUUUGUCACUUUGAAAAAACUACACUGUCUUUACUCUGUGCUGAAAAAUAGAAUAAAUAAAAAAAGCUACAACUCUGU